ACAGGGUUGCGGUAUCACACUUUCGACGGUUUCAGUACCAGAAGUAACUUCGGGAAUAAUUAAGAUUUUUCUUAGUUUUUUCAAAACUUACAAAUAACCCAAAACAUAAUUUGCACUAUUUCGAUCCGAUAUCGAUUUCAUUUGAAAUAUUUUUAUUUUUUAUUUUACAAGUUAAAUAUUUCCAAUCUAAAAAUGGCAAAAUCGUUGCUGAUCGUAUGUGCUUUAUUUUUGGCCGUCGUUGCUUCUGUAACCGCUGCACCCACACCGAAAAAACAAUUAUCUUUCAAUUUAUGCAAGAAAAGUGAUCCAAACCUUGAAAAAUGUUUGAAGACCUCCAUCCAAUCAGUCAUUCCAGAUUUGGCCGAAGGAUACCCGAAACUCAGGAUUCCGGCUAUCGAACCGUUCGAGCUACCGUCUUUGGAAAUCGAACACGGAAAAGGCUCUAGCAAAGCUGUAAGCAUUGACUUGAAGUUAAAGGAUGUCAAGAUCAUGGGUUUGACCAGCACAGUGAUUGAUUCCUUGAAAGUCGAUGUGGACAACUACAAGAUGAGCGGCAAGAUAAGCUUCACUAAGCCUCUCGAGAUCACUGGACAAUACACGGUUAACGGCAAGGUGCUCGUUUUACCGAUCACCGGCAACGGACCGUGUACCUUAGUCUUGCACGAUCCCGUAUUGGAUGUUAAAGAAGUGUCGGGCACUCCAUUUGAGAAGAAUGGUAAGACCUUCGUUCAAAUUAAGAAAGUCGAUCUGAAGGUAGCGAGUGUCAAAAAACUGAAUGUCAAGUUGGAGAACCUUUUCAACGGAAACAAACAAUUAGGUGAUAGCAUGAACUCCAUCCUGAACGAAAACUGGGAAGUUCUUCUUGAUGAACUGAAACCUGCAUUCGAAGAAGCUAUUGGAGCUAUCGCACAGGAUAUUAUCAACAAGGUAUUUCAGAAGACCGCAUACUCAGACAUAUUCCUUUUGUAAUCGGUUCGGUCUGUUCCUCUGAUGGUUGAUGUUUCCUAACAAAAAAUUAUGUUUUUUUAAAUUUAAUACUUGUUUCCGUCAGUAAGCGCUAGAGUAGCUCGACAAAAAUGUCUUAAGUGAUCGACGCUAACGAGAUGCUCACAAAAGCGCCCACUUUCUGGGGACUUGUUAUUAUUUUUUAUAAAACGAUGACUGUUACUUGUACGUCUCAGUACCUAAUUGAUGACGUGCUAUUAUUUAUUUGAAAAACCUAGUGUUUUUAUUAAAUUAUUGAAUAUUAUUUAUAUUAAACAAAAUAUAUAAAUUUAUUAAAUUAUUAUUCAAAUUA